AUGCCCGAUCGGUACCCCGUUCCUCAUCUUCAGUACUUUGCCGGAGCCCUUUUCGGCAAAACCAUUUUCGCGAAGAUCGAUUUGGUGCGGGCUUUUCAUCAAAUUCCGAUUGUGGAUGAGGACAUUCCCAAAACGGCAGUGACGACUCCUUUUGGCUUGUUCGAGAUCCUUCGUAUGCCAUUUGGUCUCCGAAAUGCCUCACAAACUUUCCAACGUUUCAUUGACCGUGUUUUACGCGGCCUUCCAUUUGUUUAUGCGUAUAUUGAUGAUGUUCUCGCCGCCAGUCGAGAUGUGGAGGAACAUCUCCAUCACCUUACCCUGCUUUUCGACCGAUUUCAGCAGUUUGGUGUCACCCUGCAUCCUUCCAAAUGUGUCCUAGGAGCCACUUCUCUUGAGUUCUUAGGUCACCUGAUAGACUCAAACGGUAUCCGGCCUCUUCCCUCAAAAGUUGCCGCCAUUCGGGACUUUCCACCCCCUACCUCGAAGCGUCAGUUGCAACGGUUUCUUGGUAUGGUGAACUUUUACGCCGGUUUCUCCCGAACUGUGCCGAUACCAUCCUACCUCUGACCGAUCUCCUCUCAGGUCCCAAACGCACCUUUGAACUUACAUCAGCCGCACUUACGUCAUUUGAGCAGGUAAAAGACCUUCUGGCUGACGCCACCCUCCUGACUCACUUUCACGCUGAUGCACCCAUAUCUUUGAUGGUCGAUUCCUCCAAUGUUGCUGUUGGCGCGGUUCUUCAACAAAGUCUGCCGGAUUCUACCGUGCCUUUGGCUUUCUUCUCCAAGAAACUAUCCAAAGCCGAAACCCGCUACAGCACAUUCGGACGUGAACUUCUCGCCGCUUAUCUUGCCGUAAAGCACUUACGGCAUUUACUUGAAGGUCGAGAGUUCACAAUUUUCACUGAUCAUAAGCCACUCACGUUUGCGAUGCAUUCCCACUCUGACAAGCUAAGCCCCCGGGAGAUCCGUCACCUGGACUACAUUUCGCAGUUCACUUCAGACAUCCGCCAUAUUGACGGGUCAAGGAAUGAGGUGGCUGACGCACUGUCCAGGCCCUCUAUUGCUCAUCUUCAGCUUUCACCCGGGAUAGACCUCGCUGAGAUGGCCGCUGAACAACGCCGUGUCGGUCCACCCUGUUAUGAGGAUGUUUCCGGACUCCAACUCCAGGAACUACCACUGACGACUGGCAACGGCACCAGAAUUGACGUGUGUGACGGAUUGAGAGUAUGUGGAGGGGAGUAG